CACCGCUUGCGCGCAACGGAGAGUCGGCGCAAAGUUUCCUCGAUGGCGCUGGUGAUGGAGCCGGUGAGCAAAUGGAGCACGAGCCAGGUGGUGGACUGGAUGAAAGGUCUGGACGACUGCUUGCAGCAAUACGUGUGUGUGUUUGAGCGCGGAGGUGUAUGCGGCGAGAGGCUGCUGAGGAUUAGCCACGCCGAGCUGGAGGAGCUGGGAGUUUCUCGCAUCGGACACCAGGAGCUCAUCCUGGAGGCUGUCGACUUGCUCUGUGCCCUGAACUCAGGUCUGGAGACAGAGAGCGUCAGGACUCUGGCUCACAAACUCGGCGCCUCGGCCAAAAACCUGCAGAACUUUAUAUCCGGCCGCCGCCGCAGCAGCCAAUCAGAGAGCAGGUCCUCGCGGCGGCUUCCCAAUGAUCUGCUCACCUCCGUGGUCGACCUCAUCACCGCUGCCAAGAGCCUGCUGGCCUGGCUGGACAGGUCUCCCUUUGCUGCAGUGGCAGACUACUCAGUAACCCGAAAUAAUGUCAUUCAGCUCUGCCUGGAGCUCACCACCAUUGUACAGCAGGACUGUACGGUGUUUGAGACGGAGAACAAAAUCCUUCAUGUGUGCAAGACUCUGUCGGAGGUGUGUGAGCACAUUGUGUGUGUGUCAUCGGACCCGCUGGUUUCCCAGUCGGCCCACCUUGAGCUGGUUCACCUCACCAACAUCAAACCCUCUGAAGGCCUGGGAAUGUACAUCAAGUCAACCUACGACGGCCUCCACGUGAUAACAGGAACUACUGAGGGGUCUCCAGCUGACCGCUGUAAGAAGAUCCAUGCAGGAGAUGAAGUCAUCCAAGUCAAUCACCAGACUGUGGUGGGCUGGCAGUUACGUAACCUGGUCGGCUCGCUGAGGGCCGAUAAAGGCGUCGUGUCCCUGACCCUGAAGAAGCGUCCACAGAGCACGCUCAGCUCCGCCCCUGCUCUGCUGAAGAAUAUGCGCUGGAAACCCCUCGCUCUGCAGCCGACCAGAAGCCCAGGCAGCAGUUCGGCUACACCCUCAGGCACACCCACCAAGAACUCCGCCAUCCAGGACCUCUACAUCCCCCCUCCGCCUGCUGAGCCAUACACACCCAGAGAUGAGACAGGAACCUUGCCUGGAGAUGAGGCAUCUCGCAACCACGGUGGCGUCAGCGUUGCUAAGCGAUCUGAGUCACCAAACUCCUUCCUGGAUCAAGAGUCUCGCCGGCGAGAAGAGGAGGAGCCCGUGUACUGCACCACUCCUACAUAUGGCAGGCUGAGGCCCAUCUCCAUGCCUGUGGAGUGUAACUGGGUGGGCGACUAUGAAGAUCCAGCCAAGCUUAGCAGAGAAAGCCGCAGAGAAGCGACUCUGAUGCGUUACGUGGGACUGUCCGGCAUGGACGAGAGGUCCGUCGCUGAAGACUACUCCUCCCACACGGCUCGUCCGGGCAAACGGACCAAUGACACGGCCAAACGCGCCAAGAGGCGGAGCCACCACAGCCAAAGCCCCUCCCACUACGUCCUGCAGGCAAACCAGAGAGAUUCUCCUCCAAGAGACCCAGCCUCCAUUUAUCACAUUGUGACAGAUAGAAAGGGGGAGACAGAGGGGAAGACAUGCAGCAAAGGGACCUCAGGCCGGAUUCGAACCCGGGUCCGCUGCAGCAAGGACACGGCCUUAAUGACAUACCAGCAGUCGUCCUCGCUGCAGUCAAAGAACAGGAAGAAGAAUAGAGGACGAAGUUUGGCCUCCCUCAGUCGGAGGCGUGUUUCCUGCAAGGCUCUGGGCAGAGGAGACUGCGAGGGCUGGCUGUGGAGAAAGAGGGAUGCAAAGGGUUACUUUUCUCAGAAAUGGAAGAAGUACUGGUUUGUUCUGAAGGACAACUGCCUGUACUGGUACAUCAACGAGGAGGAUGAGAAGGCAGAGGGUUUCGUCAGUCUUCCAGAGUUUAAGAUCGACCGGGCCAGCGAAUGCCGCAAGAAGUAUGCUUUCAAAGCGUGUCACCCCAAGGUCAAGAGCUUCUACUUUGCAGCAGAUGGAGUGGAUGACAUGAACAGGUGGCUGAGUCGUCUCAACAUGGCCGCCGUGGGCUACGCAGAGCGAGAGAGGAUACGCCAGGAUCAGGGUGAGGAUUACUGGAGUGAGAGCGAACAUGAGGAUGACACCACCUCCAGCCCCAAACAGGACAGUCCCCCACCUCCAUAUGAUACCUACCCACGGCCUCCAUCAAUGAGUGCCUACUUGGAAGGCCGGACCACUCGACUGUCUUCCACAGAGACUUCUCGCUCUCGCUCCUCCCAGGAGGACUUCCUCUGCGGCGAGCCACCCGCCGUGGCUGCAGAGCCGCAGUACCACCCCGGGCCUCUAGGGGGAGGCACCACUCACAGCGGGAGGAAACCGGGAGGCAGCAGCAGCAGCGACGUGCAGUACAGAUGUGAUCCUGUAGAGUAUCGAUCCAGUCCAGCGGGGGGCAGCAGUGAGACGGGGUCUCCGGGCCGAUCUUCCUCGUCUCAGAGACGUUCCUGGCAGGACCUGAUCGAGACGCCGCUGACUGAAGCUGGACUGCACUACCUGCAGACUGGACCACUGGAGGACGCCGUCUUCGCUGAGCCGGGGCCCGGCGGUGGGUCCAUGAUGGCUGGAGCCGUUUACACUCUCCCUGCUCAGAGGAAUGUCCCUUUGCCCAUUGCCAUGCAGAGGCUGAUCCCUAUGGCAACCCAGGGAGGGAAACCCCGCAGCUUCACACUGCCACGAGACAGCAACCUACACACACUCCUCGCGCCCCCUGCGAAAGAAGAACAGCAAACACACAACGGCGGCAGCGAGGGUGCAUCCCUGGGCGACCUGUUCCGUGCCUGUGAGCAGGGCGGGGUGUGUCCUCUGGGUCGCGGUUCGGAAGGCAAAGGUGAAUCCGAGUGCAGGCAGUCCUUCCUCCGACGGGCCGCCGACCCUCAGCUCAACGACCGCCUGCAUCGCCUCCGCAUACUGACCUCCACGCUGAAGGAUGUCCCGCCCCUGGACGCAGAGCUCCCAUCGGGAUGUUCAAAUUAGCCUGACGGACAGCAAGAACAGCCAAUGAGAUACUUUCAACACUUUAAACAAAUUUCCUGUCUCUGCGGCUCUGCACGUGUGUGUGUGUGUUUGUGUGCCUCAAAAACCACUUGUUUUGAUUAUGACCACUAGUUCCUGGUUGAUCAUCAUAUCCCUAAAAAGGACAUUGUGUCUUUAUGAAAAUUGGGACACACAUACUCACACAUACACACACACAGAGCUCAGCGAUCUGCCUGCUAACUCGAUGUUCUCCUGCUGCCUGGAUUUGAUGUGUUUUUUCUGCGUUGUACUGUACUGUACUGUAUUGUAUAUAUGCUCAUAUUGUACAGCUGUACAGAGAGGGAGUGUGUUGUGUGUCACAGAGGACGCUGGAUUUUAUUUUAUUUUUUUGCAGAGAAUACGGUUUUAAGUUCUGGAUGAACUCGCCUCAUUCGCAGCAUGUUCGCUCAGAUUUGUGUCCCUGUAAUGUUGCUUUGGCUGGGGUUGUUUACUGUCUUCUGCUUCAGCGUGCUGUCAGCAGUCAUCUUCUGACAUUCCAACCAAAGGUUAUAAAGGAAUAUUUCACCCUAAAUUUAAAACUUAGAUGAUAAUUUCACAUUUAAAGAUUUUGCUUUCUCGCCGAGAGUGAGAAUUUUCUCAUUAAACCUCACAGCAAGAAAGUAAAUUCCCAAAAAGUUGAAUUCUUCCUUUAACUCUGUUAAAAAAACACACAGUUGAAAAGCUCCUGUGCUGUAAUUCCAUCUCAGCCUCCCUGCAUUACUAACAGGCCAUAUCAGUGUGUUUGUAAGUUUUAGUUCUUUAAAGGGUCAAGAGAUACAGAAUUAUAUUAUGAAGUUAAAGGAAACAGAUCUAAAGCAAAAAUGGUCACAAUCAGUGACACAGAGUCAGAUUAAUCUUGAUAGUGUCUAUUAGACUCCAAAAAUGCCAGAUCCUACAGUUGACAUAAUGCAACUAGAUAACACAAUUCAACAACCUGCAAGAAUCUGACAUUAAUGGAAAACCAAAACCAAAACUACUUGGUUAUAUCUAUAAAAAGGUCAUGUUUUGGGUUAAAAUAAGUCAUAAGGAACUUAAAUUACUCCCGUCAUAAUUUCUACAGUCCCUAGAGGUUGACGCCUUACAACAAACAUCAUCAGCUCUUGGCUCACGAUUAUGUGGUUUGUAUAAUAUCAUAGUGCAUUCGUUUUUGUUGAUAUAUAAAUAGUGAAUGAAAACAACCUGCUCAAGUAAAAUACCUCAAAUUUUCACUUAAGUACCGUACAUAAUGUUCUUCCACCACCUGCUUCACCCAUUUCAAACGUUAUCUCAAGAUUAAUCCCACACUGAAAAAAAAGUUUUUAUGGCCCUGUAAUUAUUAUUUCAAUCAUCUAUAUACAUUCUACAAAGAAAUACGAAUUCAGUGCUUUUACUUUAAAAUAUCAGUUUUUCAUGUAGUGCAUUACUCAGUGAUUGUUUGUUAUUAUGUGUCCUCAGUUUUGUAUGUCAAUUUAAUCAUUCGUUCCAAGUAAUAUUCACUAAACCAGUUCAUUGGCUUAAUUAGUUGAUAUUUCCAAGUAAAAUGUUAUUGAGGGACAUCAGUGAAUCUGCAAUUUACUUGUGUAUAUUCAUUAAAAAAAUAAAUGGUUAUUUAAAUAAAUAUUACUUAGAAACAGCCUGAGUAAAGAUUAGAAACACUUCCUGUGUGGAAAAGCUUGCCUAGUUUUUUUUUUUUUCAGUGCAUAAGUGUGGGCGAGUAAGGGCUUGCUCCACCUUCUAGUAGGUCCAGUAGGUUGUUAUCAGCCCAUUAAAUGGCCAGAUGCUAAAAAACUAAGCAGUUGUGUUUAGUUAAAAGGCCACAGUUUUUAGAUUUACACCACAUACAGAACUACUUCUCUACAGUAAGAGCAAAAAAAGUUCCUGGUUAGGCGUAAUAAGAAAGUUUAAUAAGUAAAAUAAAUGCGUGUCAAUGUUGCAAGUUAAGGCAUUGUGAUAACAAGUGUGGUAACAUAAAAACUUGAUGCACAGAAGUUAAGUGACAUUAUUUCAAAUAACUUUUACUUUACUCGUGCAACUUAUCGUCAGUUUCCUUACCUUUCCGAACAACAUCACUAAAAUAGCAGCCUGUUGAAUGUGCUGAUAACAACCUACUAGACAUACUAGAAGGCGGAGCCGGCCCUUAACAGCCCAAACUUAUGGGAAUGUCAGCUAAUCGCGUGCCUCCUUCCUUAUCUUUAUUCUUUUCAUGCACACUGAUAAUUCAACUCUGCUUCCUGACUAUAGUGAGCAUGCAGUUUGCAGCCAGAGCUAUGUGAGUGAAGGAUAUGUAUUAGAGAAUUAACUACUGGACUUUGGGAUCCACACUGAAAAUUUUGGCUGCACAAGCUGUUUGUAGGAAAUGUAAUGGAACUUUUACUGCUUGCCUUUUGCAGCUGUACAAAGAUGGCACUGGCUUUUAAUCUGGAAGGAGGCUGAGAUGGAAGUACAGCAUAUAACUGUCUCUGUGUCCAUCAAUCCAACAAUAAUAACUUGUGUUGAAGGUGAACCAAUUCUUUAAAGCUGGCUGGAAAUGUUUAUAUAUAAGGAUAGAAGACCAAAAACCUUAAAGCCAGCAGGAUAAGAGUCAGUCAAUCGAUGCAAGAUUUGUCCCGAAGUUCGAAAACAGACAAUAAAGCAAGCUUAUGAUUUAUUUUAUUGAUCUGAGAAAUGUCCUAUUACUAACUGUUCUUUUUCAGCUCAAACAGACUUUGUUUUGUCAUUUUCAUGGGGUACAUUUGUAGACUCUUAACUGCCACCGUGGCAGCGUCUCAACCCUGUUUGGUGAUUGUUUUCUGUUUUAUAGUUGUUGGGUAUAAAACACAGGAUGUCCAUCAGCCAAGUUUAAUUGUUCUUCACAGACCAUUUGUUCAAGGACCGUGCUGGUGUUUGUCCAAGUUUUACCCACACAUCAGAUAUAACUCACAUAACUUCCAUUUUCCAUUUUCAAAAGCAUAACAACAGUGUUUUAAUUGAUUUUCUGUCUUCCUUCCAAAAGCAAAUUACAGACAUUUAUGUGUUGAGACGGUACAAGCAAAAUCUUUUAUUCAUGCACUGGUCAAGUUGAGAUUUUUUGGCUGUUUUGCCUUCAUGACAUGUUUUCUUUUAGAUAGUGGAAAGCAAUCAUCCACAUUUAGGUCGUUAUUUUUGCUACACUUCUCUAGAUUUCUCCUAAAUUCACCAGAAUUUGGUUUCAGGUGAUAAAUAUUUGUAUAUUUAUACAUAAACACUCAACAUACACUGAACUCUCCAGUUAUAUCCCUGUCUAAAUUGUGAAGAUUUUGUGAAGACGGCUUUGUAAGUGUAUAAUUUAUAAUAAGAUUUAUAGUAGUAGUAUAAUCUAUAUUUUAUUCAUAAAAUUUUUUUGAUUUUUUUCAAUGGCUUUUGACAGUAUUUUCUGAGUUAAAUCCCAAAUUCCUUCUGCAAAAAAUCUUUGACUGUAAUAUGUCAACAAAAUGAAACAAGAAUGAAAUUGAGAAUCUGCAACCAAAGUCGUAAUACAAUCAUGUGCUCUGUUAAUAUAAAACCCAAUCCACAAUACAAACGGGCACUAAUGGGAUCAUGUACAUUUUUUUGCUUAAUCUCGGAUUUUGCAGCUACGUUAAGCACACAAUCAACUGUUUCCUUCAUGAUUGAGUUUCCUUCUGAAUUGAUUAAACUGAAGCUAAUAACUGUGUGGAAAAUCAAGGCAACAAAGACAUGUUAUGCUUUUGAAAAUGUUAAAAUAUAAAAUAGAUUGAAACAGGAAGGUUUUUGGACGACGAUGUCUAUUAUUUAUAAUGUAAAUUUGUCCUGCUGUUAUUGUUUUUGUGAUGAACUUAAACUGUUGGAGUACUGAGACGAAGAACCUCAUGUUUGUACUGUACUGGUGUUAAAAAAGUCCUCUGUCCAGAUGCCUAUCCCAUGGUUAGACAUGAAAAUGAGCACAAUGAGAAGAGAGAGCCAAUGGAAGAAACCCUCUCUGACAUGCACGCACAAAGCCAUUACAACACCAAUACAAACAGACAGUGAUAAAGACAACUCUCCAUCCUUUGCCUCGCUACAACUCUGCACUAACAAAGCCUUGAUACUGUAUAUGCACAGUCUGAACUCUGUAUUUGCCUUUACCAUUAAAUACUUUAAUGUGGAAA